AUGGUUGCUGCGAAGUUGUGUGCCGUUGAUUACCUUUCUGUAGUACGUCGUCUCAAUUUCAUCGUCGAGUUUUCGCUUGAAGAAGAUAUCAAGGAAAAGCAGCUGCUACUCUUGUUAUUCUACCCUCCUGAAUUUUAUCUCAAGAAAGAUUUUAAUGGUACUUACGUGGUUAAGCCUGUCAGUGGGAUUAUCGAUUGGGUCCCGACGAAAAUAUCACCACCGGAUUCUGCUCUCUUCCGGGAUAAAAACGACUGUUCUUCCAGCCCCCGAUGUCUUCCAAAUGUUGCUUCGCAAAUGAUGCCUUUGAAGGUUGUUACGCCGCUGAUGCGAUCCAAUCCCACCAGCCUCCUGGCUUCCAGUGUGUUGAAGCCAGAACCGAAUGAGGAAUCAAUGAGCACGUCAGAACUUCGUCUCUACAGGGCUUGUAUCUCGAACGGCGUCGAUGUCUCUAGUUGGCCCGUGCAUGAAGAAGCAGGCUAUAAGGACAAAAUAGAAAAAUUUCGACUCCUAAACCGACAAGCUAGAGCUCGGGUUCGAAGGAAAGUCGCACCUCCGUCGAAGAGUCGGCAAGCGAGUCUUGGGGAGGCUGCUCAGCCAAUGGAUCUGAGUAUUCCUGAGGACAGCUCUAGGAUGUCCUCCACAGGUAGCAUCCCCCUCAAUCCUCCCAUCCCGCCAGUCGUGGUGGCAAACAUCUCUGGCUGGGUUCUACCGGUUCAGACCCCUACGGUGGCGAACGAAGAACCAGCAGCGAACCGUAUCCUCCUCCUCCAAAAUACGUCAUUCCCACCCAUUCUCCCGCGACCGCCGAUGGACCCACCUGCACCUUCGCUCUCCUCCAUUUUUUUCUUAUCCUCCCACAUCCCUCUGCCCACACCGCCUUCCUCGUCGUCCUCCAGUUCGGUCCCGUCUGAGCGAAAUCAUCUGCAGGCGCCAGCACUGCUGCCAGAUGAGCCGACCACGGACAAUCAGCUCCCGCCGAAACCUUCAUCAUCGCCUAAGGCGGCUCGCAAACGCAAAUCAACUAAACCCAUGCGCCGCCUUUUCCUGAAGGAUCUGGUGACUCCGCAAACAUACACUCCUCCUGUAAGUUGA